UUUGAUAAGGGGGGGGGAGCCCCGCCCCCUCUGCCCACAAUGCCGUGCGCGCCGGGGCCGAACAAGAUGGCGGACGGCGUGAAAAUGGUUGACGACGAGAAGCAGGCGGGCUGCGCGCCCGUAUUCCAGCCCGAGUCUGAAACGAAGGCCAGUUUCAACAAUAGCCAAGGCUUCAACGAUUCUUCUGGCAAACCGCAAAAACACCAUUCAGAUGACUACAGUACCUGGGAUAUCAUCAAAGCAACACAAUAUGGGAUCUUUGAGCGCUGCCGGGAACUGGUAGAAGCGGGUUAUGAUGUCCGACAACCAGACAAGGAGAAUGUCACCCUGCUGCACUGGGCAGCCAUCAACAAUCGCAUUGAUCUUGUAAAGUUCUAUAUUUCGAAAGGAGCCAUAGUGGAUCAGCUUGGAGGAGACCUCAACUCCACCCCUCUUCACUGGGCCACACGGCAGGGCCACCUGUCCAUGGUGGUGCUGCUGAUGAAGUAUGGCACAGAUCCCUCCCUGUUGGACGGAGAAGGCUGCAGCUGCAUUCACCUUGCGGCUCAGUUCCAGCACACAGCCAUCGUUGCAUACCUCAUAGCUAAGGGCCUGGAUGUGGACAUGAUGGACCAAAAUGGAAUGACGCCGUUGAUGUGGGCGGCAUACCGGACGUACGGCGUGGACCCAACACGGCUGCUGCUCACAUUCAAUGCGACGGUGAACCUGGGGGACAAGUUCCACAAAAACACAGCACUGCACUGGGCCGUCUUGGCCAGCAACACCAAUGUGAUCGGCCUCCUGCUCGAUGCCGGAGCCAACGUUGACGCACAGAACGUCAAGGGAGAGAGUGCUCUAGACCUUGCCAAACAGCGGAAAAAUGCCUGGAUAGUAAACCGGCUACAGGAGGCAAGACAAGCCAAGGGGCUGGACAAUGCCUCCUUCCUGCACAGGUUUAAAUCAGACAAGUCGGUACGUCAGAAAGUGAUGCUGGGCACUCCUUUCUUGGUGAUCUGGCUGAUCGGUUUCAUCGCUGACUUGGACACUGGCUCCUGGCUCAUCAAGGGGGCUCUUUACGUCGGGGUCUGGGCUCUCGUGCAGUUCCUGUCAAAGACAUUUUUCGACCACUCCAUGCACAGUGCCCUGCCUCUGGGCAUCUACUUGGGAACUAAAUUCUGGAUGUACAUCACCUGGUUUGGAUGGCUGUGGCCAGAACUGACCAGCCUUUCCAUUCAGGUGCCCUUCUUAAUAAACACUGCGGCUCUCUUUUACAACUUCGGCAAGUCUUGGAAAUCAGACCCGGGUGUUGUGAAAGCCACAGAGGAGCAGAAAAAGAAGACUAUCGUGGAGUUAGCUGAAGCUGGGAGCUUGGAUCUCAGUAUAUUCUGCAGUACAUGUUUGAUCCGCAAGCCAGUGAGGUCCAAGCACUGCUCUGUGUGCAAUCGCUGUAUUGCAAAGUUCGAUCACCACUGUCCCUGGGUCGGCAACUGCGUGGGUGCCGGAAACCACCGCUAUUUCGUUGGCUACCUCUUCUUCUUGCUGGGAACUAUAUGCUGGCUGAUCUACGGGUGCAUCAUAUUCUGGAGCCGGCGGUGCCACACGACGUACCACACGGAUGGCUUCUGGACAUACGUGUCCCAGGUGGCUAUGUGCUCGCCCUGGAUCUUCUGGAUGUUCAUCAAUAGCCUCUUCCACCUCACCUGGGUCACCAUCCUGCUCAUGUGUCAGCUCUACCAGAUUUCUUGCCUGGGAAUAACAACCAAUGAAAGGAUGAAUGCGCGGAGAUACAAGCACUUUAAAGUGACUGCCACAACGAUUGAGAGCCCAUUCAAUCAUGGCUGCUUCCGCAACUCAGUGGACUUCUUCCAGUGCCGCUGCUGUGGGCUGUGCCGACCCAGCGCUGUGGACUGGACACGCCAGUUCUCCAUUGAGUAUGACCAGAGUUCCGGCACAGGCUAUCAGCUGGUGUAAAGGCCAACGGGCAAGGUCGUGUGCGAAGCUUGCUAGUGUGUGUGCAGGUGGUUGAUACUGACUGUACGUUCUUGCUCUCUUCGAGUGGCAAAUUUUGAACGCUGAGAACCUUAAACAAAUAUUGUUAUUUAUUAAUGUUUUUUUUUGCAUUGAGGCUGGCAAAGCGUGCAUGCAUAUACACAAACACAUGCUAUUUAAAACUUUAGUUCAGAUUCGGUAAUACAAAGUUUCACCUAGCACUCAUGAGACUGCACUACUUUGAUAGGAAGUUCUUUGUGAAAUGUGAAAACAUCAUGGCCAUAGUUUUAGUAAUUGCCCAUUCUUUUUUUGGUUAAUAUGUUAGUUUAGAAAAUCAGAUCUACCAUUAAGUGUACUUUUCCAGUGUUAUGUAUCUUUAUUAAUUGGUCUCUGAAAAUGUUUAUGGUCUUGGAGUGAAAAUGCACAUUCAGUGCAUUUUAAUGAGCUAUCUUGGUUUUUUUACUUCCCUAUCAUCAAAGUAGUACACUCUCUUGACCCAUGCUAUUUAAUUUCCUUGCAAUUAGUGAGGGCAAGAGUUGGAGGAGCAGUGAGACUGAAAAAAGAAGUUUUUUUUUAACAAAGGAUGAAUGCAAGUGUGUUUAACAUUCGGCGAAUAUUCAGCCCACUAUCAAACCAAAUAAAGAUUGUAUGUAUGCAUUAUAGCAGGUAAGUCUUACAUGUAUUAAGCUUACUAUGAACAGAAAAAAACACAUAGGUUAUAUUAAACAAUUUUAACAUUACACCAUUUUACACCCUUUUAGAUGGUAGUUGGCAGUGGAAUGCCUUGUUUAUGUCAAUUGCGUCAGGUCCUCUUGCUGUUAAAUGUCUCCCAUUAUUUAAAAUUACAGGCUAUUUUCAAACUGCAGAUGCUUUUGAGUGUACAGAUUUGUGUAAUUUGUAAGUUUAAUUUCAGGUACAGUAGAGCCAAUACAUUUGUGUCUAUUUAGUGGUGAGCUUGACACAUCUAUAAUGUUCCAUUAACAUUUUUCAAUGUGUGUUGUUCCAGGUAUGUUUUCUGUUGGAAUGAGCAUGCAGCACAUUUUGAUCAUAUUUACAUCCCAAUUUGUAAAUGAUGUUGGAUAUUGGCAUUAACCAUAUGACAUCUUGAUCGCUUUUGCAUGUCUAUGAAUGUCUUUCUGUUCACUAGAUUAAAUUAUGAGAAAAUGCAUUGUCACACAAUCUGGAAAAUGUGUUUUCAGUUGAAGGCCAUACAAGUGUUUGGUAGACAUCACAUUCUCACAUGUUAUCUGAAAUCACACGGACUAAUUAGCAAGUUAUAGUUUUAUUUUUAACACCAAUGGUACUUGACAACACAUUUGGAUGGUGUAUAGUUGAACAGGAAGCAUAUUGCACCAAGCGGUUUAUUGACAUUGUCGAGAAUAAUGUGUACGGAAGUCCACUUUGCCCAGCGGAUCAACUAUUGACUGGUAUUGUCUGCGUAGUAAUAGGGGAAACUUUAAGGAAUAUGAAAUUAAUGUAGCUGUGGGGUUUUUUUUACUUAGGUUUACCAAACUACUGUAUAAAUGUGCCAGGAUAAGUUUACCCAUAAUACCGUAAUGGCAUGAUGACAGAGCAGGUUACUAUUUAUCGUGGAAAUGUUGGGCUCUGGUGAAGGUGUAUGUACACAGUAGUCACAAUUCAUGUGGCAAUUAAGGCACUCUUACCUCUGACAGACGCACCAUUAAUACUGGCACACAGGCCACGUUAAUGAGAAGCAAGUUUGUUGCCAAGAGAUCAUGCCUCUAGGCCACCAUGUAUGUUAAAUCCAUAUUUAACACCUCUCACUUGACCAAUAUAAAUUCAGAAUAGUUUUUUUUGGGUAAGAUCGUGAAAGUAAAAUGUAUGUCGUACCC